UCUGAUGGCAGUUGUCGGCGAGCUCCAGCCAGUGAACCAGUGUCAGGUCACAUUAUCACUAAGUAGCUUCAGCCUUCAGCCAGCCGAGGGCAUGGAGCAUUUACCGGACGACGUGCUGCUGAUGGUGAUGGAGCUGCUGGAGGUACCGGACCUCCUCGCCUGCCGCCGCGUCUGCAAGAGGAUCGGCGCCCUGGCCCUGCACCGGGAGGCGUGGCGGCACCGGGAGGUCGACGACCAUGACCACGUGUCCCACGUCCUGUGUCCAGUGCUGCGCCUGGCGCCGUGCCUGGACACGCUGGAGCUCACGCUCCCGUUUAUGUCCGAUGGGUGCCUACCGCCGUUCACCGCCACCAGGUGUGCCGUGAGACACCUGGAUCUGGCUGUGGAACCCGGCUCUGCUAUGUUCGCGGCCCUCGUGUUGCGGAACCAGGAAGCGCUCGGCCGGCUGAAACGUUUCACCCUCCGCUUCUCCCCGGAAGACGAGGAUGCGGAAUUGCUGAUGGAGACGCUGGCGUCGACGGGUGGGCUCGAGAGGGUCGUGUUGAGGCAUGAUCUGUUCUCAGACAUCGAAGACGCACCCAGCCGGUUCGAACCCCUCUCGCGCCUCCACAAGACGUCCGCAUCGUCUCUGCGAAUGUUUGACUGCGAGUAUGCCCGAGAGUCGGAGGAGUUGUGCAACUUCAUGCUGGCCGUGCACGCCGCGACCCUGGAGCUGGUUAAUCUCUCGGGUGACGAUGACGCCACGUACAACUACUGCUCCUCCAAGUCGGCAGCCGCUCUGCUCGCGGGCAUGCCCAACCUCUACGAGCUGACGUCCUUCCCGCUCGGCGGCAUGGCGGACGUGGCGGACUGCGCGUCGCUGAGGAUUGUGCACCUGACCGUGUGCGAAGAGUCGCGGCGGACUGUGCGCGAGGCCGCCGCGUUCCUCCGCCGCGCCGAGCAGCUGCGCCAGGUCACCCUGGACUACGGGCACGCGGGGACCAAGUCGUCGGACAUCGGCGUGGACCUGGUCCUGGCCGUGAACCCGUCCGUGGAGGAGCUGGUCAUCAGGAGCAGGAGGGAGGCGCCGCCGGACCUGCUGCCCCAGCUGCAGGCGCUGCUCGUCGCGCCCGCGCUGCGGACCCUCCGCCGGCUCGAGCUGCGGGUGGACGCGGUGCCGGACGCGCUGCUGCUGGGCUGGGCAUCACGGCCGACACGGCCCCGGCCCUGCGGAACCUCGAGCUCGGGGUGGUGCUGAGGGACGCGGGGGAGGCCAGGCCGGAGCCUGAGGGCGUCAAGGAGGAAAGUAAAGAGAGGCCGUGCGACCACCACUGGCUCCACAAGGGGGCAGUGCGCAGGUUGUUGCAGUGCAACCCCUCGCUGGAACUGUCGAUGACCAACAUGUGCGGGUACAGCUGCGGCAAAGGUACAUGCGAUGCGUGCGCAGAGGAAUGUGAGUUGGAAUGUAAACGCGUUGUAUUCACCGGUGAUUCUGAUUCGGAAGAUGACACUGAUUAGUAAUGUAAAUCUCUUCGCUUCUCUUUUCUCUCACCUCUAUGUACCAUGUCAAUAAGUGAACUGUUUAACUUUUCAGAAAGACGGCACUUCUUGACGCCCUGGACCCACCCUAUAACAUUGUCUGCUUUUGUAAAUUACAUGGUGGCUCACCGA